UACGUAUUAACUUAAAUACAAAGUUAGAUUGAGCACUUCCAGAGGCUUGGGUUGCCGAAAUAAAUUUAGUGUUCGUCAAAGGUUGAAGCAAGCAACUUGCAAAAAAAUUUAUUAUCAAACUAAGUAUUUUUGGUAAUUUGUUAAAAAAUGAAAUUCUUCGCUGUAAUUUUGGCUGUUUUCGCGCUUAUCGGCUGCUCAUUCGCCUUAAAGGAUGCCGUUUGCGGUCAAGAGCAUUCGGCCAAUGGCAUGGGCAUCAUCCAGUGUGCAGCUUUUGUGCCCUCCUGGACCUUCGAUGCUAGCGCCAAUAAGUGCUUGGAGUUCGUUUAUGGCGGCUGUGGUGGCAAUGACAAUCGUUUCGUAUCAGAACAGGCUUGCAGGCAAAAAUGCGUGGAAUAAAAGGAUAUUUUGUGUGCGGCAAAAUGUCAUAUGAAGCUAUUUUGCAAUUUACAUAUUGAGGUGAUGUGAUUUCUAUAUGGAUAUAAAUAAAAUUGAAGAGUCUGUCUGUGAUUUUAAAAUAAAGUUAUUUCCCUUAA